UAUAGGUUUUAUCAGUUUUAUGAGUUAGCUUUAUGUUUUAUGGUUGAUGAUAGUUAUUGAUGGCAAUGUGAUUUAAUUUCCCGCUAUUUUGUUUUAGGCAAUAAAUCAGUUAUCAAUAUGGAGUAUUGAACUAUUGAGUAUUCCGUUGUUGAUUGUUCCCGAAUUUAUUUAUUAAUUUAUCAUUCAAAWUUAUGAAAGCAUGAAUAUUGUAUGUGAUUUUCUAUGUGUAUUUUAUAUUUUUAUUGCAAUUUAAUUCAAUUAUUAUCAAAUUAAAUUCUUUUAAAAGAUGUCUCAAAACGAAACUAGCUAUAUGAGAACUGCUGAAGAUGUAAAAAAAGUUAUAGAGCACGCAAAACUUUCAGAAAACGAUCUUAAACCAAAUGUACAACCUAUUUAUUUUGGAGAGAAGUUUGAAAACUACAAACUGUUGGAGUUGGAUGAGCACAUUAUGGAAGAUCUCAAAUGUGGUCAAACUGUAGUAUUCAAAGGAGAUCAUAAUGAAACUGCUGUAUUGUGUACUGAGACUAAGACCUAUGAUGUUCAAGAAGCUGAGACAUCCAAUUCAAUUUUAUUACUUCCUGAAUUAACAUUUCCAGAUGAAGAGUUCAAUUACAAAGAUCUCAAAAGUAGAAAAGUAGUUGGUAUAUUCCAUAAAUACUUUGAAGUGAAACCUUGUAAACCACGUCUUACUAAAUUGAGAAAUUUACUGAUAAAGUGUAGUUAUAAAGGAUCAGAACUCGAAAAAGAAGUGUUGGCAUCCAGUAAAAUGUAUACAUUUGAAGAUUUAUCAGAUAAAAUUCAAGCUAGUGAUAAUGAACUAAAAGAUGCGCUUAAAGAAAUGGGUGCAUUCCAAAUUGAUGGUUAUUGGAGAAUAUUAGAUUUUGAAUAUGAAUGUAGAGCUGUAUCAUUUUUAUUAAAUUUAAUUGAUGAACAGUCAUGGUCUUAUAAUACUGUACCUAUGGAUGAAACUAUCAAUAUUCUUGGAGAAUUAUUGCCUCCAGUAAUAUUGCGACACAUUAUUGAUCAAUAUAGUACUUGGUGUGAAUCAUCAAAUUUAAGCCAUACACAUAGGUCAUUAAUUGAAGACAAAGUGUGUAGAUUUAUGGCUGUUGGACUUUUACGUCAUUGUGAAAAAUUUAAUUUAACUGAUUUUAAGACAGCCUGGCAAGGAAGUGUUCCGGAAGGAAUGAUUACUAAUUUGAAACAAUUGGAUGGUACAGUGCUUGUUGAUCAAUCCAGUCAUCCGCAGACAAUUUGUUAUUUCAACGAACAAGAUUUACCAGACAAUAUACGCCAAAGAUUUUUUAUAUUAUUUCAGGCCAGAGAUAAAUGGACAUUCAAUGAAAUACAACCAUUCCUUGAGAAAUUGUCUACUGAUAAAUUGAAUGUUAAUUCUCUGUUGGCUAAGUAUACCAGAGCUACUACUGAUGUGGAUGGAGUGCGGUUUUAUUGUUCAAGAUACAGCUCAAUGAUUUGAUCGGGUAAAAAGAAAUAAAGCAAUUAAUAUAUUACACAAACUGUACGAUAAAAAUAUCUUUUUUAAAUAGAUUUAUUGUUGCCAUGGUAACAUAAUGUUCAUAUGAAUUCUUCGGUGUCUUAAUAAAUUCAUUUUAAAAUUUCAGAUUGAUAUAGUAAUAACACAUAAUAUACAUGCAUUAAAUUUAACUUAUA